GUUUUUGCCUAGCUAGCUCGCUACAUGCACUUUUAAAUUCUAGCAAUUCUUUCCACUAUAUAUAGCCUUAACAUUUACAUGCAAAAUCGUUCAACUAUUACCUUGUCCUGUCUUUCUUAAGCUUGUCCCUUUUUCCUUCAACAAAUCAUGACUUUCUCUCCUAUGUUUACUUGUUUUACUGUAAUAAUAAGUUUUUUAUUAAUGGCAGCUGCCAUGGCUGCUGGUAACUUCAACCAGCAAUUUGACACUACAUGGGGUGAUGGCCGUGCUAAAGUCCUUCAAAAUGGCCAACUUCUUACACUCUCUCUUGACAAAACCUCUGGUUCAGGGUUUAAGUCCAAGAACCAGUACUUGUUUGGGAAAAUCGACAUGCAACUAAAGUUGGUGCCUGGAAACUCUGCCGGAACUGUCACCGCUUACUAUCUUUCUUCUUUGGGAUCAGCGCAUGAUGAAAUAGAUUUUGAGUUCCUUGGUAACCUUAGUGGAGACCCUUAUAUUCUUCACACCAACGUCUUCACUCAAGGAAAAGGAAACAGAGAGCAGCAAUUCUAUCUUUGGUUCGACCCCACCAAAGACUUCCACACCUAUUCCGUUCUUUGGAAUCCUCUUAGCAUCAUCUUUUCUGUGGAUGGGACACCAAUUAGAGAGUUCAAGAACAUGGAAUCAAAGGGCAUCCCAUACCCAAAGAGCCAACCAAUGUGGAUAUACUCAAGCCUCUGGAAUGCAGAUGAUUGGGCUACAAGAGGAGGUCUUAUCAAAACCGAUUGGAGCCAAGCACCGUUUACAGCUUCUUACAGGAACUUUAAUGCUCAAGCUUGCACUUGGACCUCUGGUUCCUCUUCUUGCUCCUCCUCUGGCUCCUCUGGUAACUCUUGGCUAUCACAGUCACUGGGUAGCACAGGACAAGGAAGAAUAAAAUGGGUGCAAAAGAACUACAUGAUUUAUAACUAUUGCACUGAUACCAAGCGAUUCCCACAAGGACCGCCUCCGGAAUGCUCAGUGGCAUGAAGCAAAACAUAGAGCUUGUCUUAAUUACUCUCAACAUCGACGCAUCAUUCUCGUUUUGUAAAAUAAUAAAAAAAAGAUUGUGAUGCCUUAUAUAUUCUUUUCUUGAAUCUCGACCAAUAAAAUGUAAAAUAGUUGUUGCUGUACUAGCAGAAUAUAUAUCUUUUUUUUAAGCA